AUGUCCACCUCAACAGAACCCCUCUCCCCCCCCUCCUUCGCAAUAACCCAACUCACCCUCCUCGAAGCCGAACUCGCCGCAGAAGUCUCGGAAUCAUCCGCCCUCGUCUCCUCGCACUCCCCCACAGCCCUCCAGCGCGCAGGCCUCGCCCUGCCCAACCUCGUCGUCACCGCCCGCCGCACAGGUCUAGGCGGGCGUACCGUCCUCGAGUUGUCUUCGGAUCCCGCUGUUGCGUCUUCUUCCGGUGAACUACCCGAGCAUGGCCUCCGGCCGGGAGACAUUGUGCUCAUUUCGGAGCAGCCCGCGGGGAACGCGAAGAAGAAGGAGGUGAAGGAGCUCGAGAGCAAAGGGGCGAGGGGGGUGGUUACGAGGGUUAGGAGGGAGGUUGUUGGUGUUGCUGUUGAUGAGGGGAAGGGGGAGGAGAGGGAGUUUACGGGACGGGUUUGGAUUGUCAAGGUUGCUGAUGAUGUCACGUACCGGAGAAUGAGCCAAACCAUGGGCAAGAUCGAAAAGAUGACGGAAUCGGAAUACACGGCCUUCAUGCGCGUCCUCUUCGGCCUCUCGAGUCCGUCGCCGGUACCCCCGGACCUGGCAUCCGACCCGGAUCUCUCAAAGAUCCAAUGGAUCGACCCGUCCCUGAACGACUCACAAAAGGACGCCAUCCGGUUCGCCCUCGCGUCCCGCGAAGUAGCCCUCAUCCACGGCCCGCCAGGCACGGGCAAAACCCAUACCCUAAUCGAACUAAUCCUCCAGCUCAUCAAGCUCAACCUCCGCAUCCUCGUCUGCGGCCCCUCCAACAUCUCCGUCGACAACAUCGUAGAGCGCCUCGCCCCGCACAAGAUCCCCAUCCUCCGCCUCGGCCACCCGGCCCGCCUCCUCCCCAGCGUCCUCGCCCACUCCCUCGAUGUCCUCACCCAGACCUCCGAGGCCGGCGCCAUCGUGAAAGACGUCCGCGCCGAGAUGGACGCCAAGCAGGCUUCCAUCAAAAAGACGCGCAACGGCCGCGAGAAGCGCCAAAUCUACGCCGACCUCAAGGAGCUCCGCAAGGAAUUCCGCGAGCGCGAGCGCGGCUGCGUUGCAAACUUGAUCCGCGAGAGCAAAGUCGUCCUGGCGACGCUGCACGGCGCGGGCGGCCACCAGCUCCGGGACCAGCAGUUCGACGUCGUUAUUAUUGACGAGGCGAGCCAGGCGCUCGAGGCGCAGUGCUGGGUGCCUUUAUUAUCGGCCAAGAAGGCCGUCUGCGCCGGCGAUCAUCUGCAGCUGCCGCCGACGAUCAAGUCGCUCAAUUCCAAGGCGAAGCCGGCGGCGGCGGCGGCAACAUCAGCGGUACCCAAAGAAGACGCGGAGAAGAAGCAAAUCAAGGGCAUGACGCUGGAGACGACCCUGUUCGAUAGGUUGCUCGCCCUACACGGGUCAUCCAUCAAGCGUAUGCUCACCACGCAGUAUCGCAUGCACGAGAACAUCAUGAGGUUCCCGUCGGACGAGCUCUACGAAGGGAAGCUCAUCGCCGCGGAGGCGGUCAAGGAGCGCUUGCUCAGAGACCUGCCGUACGAGGUCGAGGACACGGAAGACACCAACGAGCCAGUCAUCUUCAUCGAUACGCAAGGGGGCGACUACCCCGAAAGGAGCGAGGACGACGACAAGGACGCCGUCAAGAAGGCAAAGUUCAGCUUGCAUGGGGAGAGCAAGAGUAACGAGAUGGAAGGGGCUCUGGUCCGGCAACACGUUCAGAAGCUGGUCGACGCGGGAGUGAAGCCAGAGGACAUCGCCGUCGUGACCCCUUACAACGCUCAGCUCGCCAUUUUAGCGCCCCUGAAAGAACGGUUCCCGGGCAUCGAGCUGGGCAGCGUGGAUGGCUUUCAGGGCCGUGAAAAGGAGGCCGUCAUUGUCAGCCUUGUACGGAGCAAUUCCGUAGGAGAAGUAGGGUUCCUGGGCGAGAAGCGCCGACUGAACGUGGCGAUGACGAGACCUAAACGCUCGCUGACGGUGAUCGGAGAUUCAGAGACAGUCAAGAGAGGCAGCAUCUUUCUCAAACGGUGGAUGGAUUUCCUCGAAGAGAACGCUGAUCUACGUUACCCGGAUCUAUCGUCACUUCAAGGGUCCUGA